UGUGUGUGUGUGUCUGUUACUCUACAUCUCACCUCUCGAAUGUCUGUUCGUCUCAGAAACGAUGCCAUCUACCCAACGGGCGACGAAGCUACUCUUACAGCAAGUCUCGUUCUUUCUGCUGCUGCCGAACCAACCCAGUCCGCCAUGUCCAAGCCAGUAGUGUUCGUCAUCGGAGCCACAGGCAGCGUGGGAUCUGCCACCGUAAAAACCCUCUCGGCCAAAUACGCAGACAAAGUCGAGAUCCGGACUGGAGUCCGCAACCCAAAAAAAGCUGGGGAGCUCAAGUCCCUGGCCGGCGUCACCGUCGUCAAGGCCGAGAUGGGCAGCACCGAGCUGGAAACCACCCUCCGUGGGGUCAACACCCUCUUCAUCGUUACUCCAGGAGUCGAGAACCGCGCGGAGCUAGCGAUUGCCACGGCGACCUCCGCGAAGAAAGCUGGAGUAAAGUAUCUGGUCGUCGUCUCCGUGCUCACUGCCGAUAAUUUGGAUACGAUCUUCGGGAGGCAAUUGCACAAGCUGGAGACCGAGGUAAAGGCGCUGGGGGUUGCCUACACGAUCCUCCGCCUCCCGUUCUUCGUUGACAAUGCAUGGGCCUUCAAGGACACAAUCAAAGGCGCGGGUGCCAUGUACAACCCCGUCGACCCGACCAAGCCAUUGAGCCCUGUUGUUGUAGCAGAUGUCGGAAACGCGGCAGCGGCGGUACUGGCGGACUCUGCAACUCACGCUAAUAAGACCUACAUCAUCAUCAGUGAUCGCCACACCUACGGAGAUAUGGCUGCAGCCUUUGGAGAGGCACUGGGGAAGACAGUAACCUAUAACAGAGUUACAUACGAUGAUGCCAAGAAGGCAUUUAUGGGAAUGGGCUUUCCCGAGUGGCAGGUCCAUGGAAUAAUGGAGCUCUUCAAGCUAAUGGACGCUGGGGACCCUGUCAUCAGCACCACAGACGUCGGUGAUUACCAGAAGAUUACAGGAGAGACCCCGACCAGCCUCAAGACCUGGGUGGCCCAGGUGAAGGCUGGAUUCGAGUAGUUGCAAACCUGACAUUUUAGCAGCUUACAUUUUUGUGCAUUUUUUUGUCUUCAUGAACAUCUGUAUUAGAUACAUAAUUAUA